AUGGUGAUGGUUAACGCAAUGCCCACCACUUUGUGCAAGAACAUGAAGCCGUUCAAGACUGGAUGGAGGAUUCAAGUGAAGAUCUUGCAUCUAUGGAAGCAGUACGUGACCACUUCGGGAGAGACCAUUGAAAUGAUACUUUGCGAUGUUGAGGGAAACAAGAUCCACACAAGUGUACGAAAGCAGGAUGUUAAGCAGUACGAGAGGUAUCUCGAAGUUGGUACCUGGAAGUUCAUCCAGAAUUUUACGGUGGCGCAUGCUACAGACCAUUAUCGGACAACCAAUAUCCCGUUUAAGCUAGCCUUCAUCAAGGAGAGUUUUGUGACCCCAUCAGACAAUCUUAGCGACGGUAACUACUUGAUGUUGGUCAAUUUCAAGCAGAUCCAUGAAGGCCAGAUUAAAGAGUGUAUUUUGAUUGGUAUGUGA